UGGGGGUGACAAUGAGAGCCACCUGUGCCGGCACUGCUAUUCUCCAGCCCAGGAGACCUUGUGGUUGGACAGCGUCUCUUUAAUCAUCAAGGACUCCUUGGAGGGGGAGCUGACCAUCAUUGACAACCUGUCCGGCUCCAUCUUCCACCACUACUCCUCACCUGCUGGCUGUGACAAGUGUCACCAUGACAAGCAAGAGGGACCUGUUGCUCAGCGCUCCAGGCCCAGGCUGCCCCAUCCCAGCCCCAGGGUGACCCGAGGCCACCACCUCCCCCUGCAGGUGCAGCUGGCUGAGACAGAGGCCUUCUCCCUGAACUCAGACAGGUCCUCGUCCAUCCUGAUGGGGGAUGACCUGAGUCUCGAGGACCCCACAGCCUGCCCACAGGGCCCCAAGGAGAGCAAGGGUGAGCUAGAGCCUCCGGAGCCCUUGCAGGCAGGAGACCUGGAUGAAUGCUUUUUCCCCUUUGCCAAUGCGCCAGUGUCUUCAGGCCCAGAGAGCCUGCUGUGUGAGAUGGAGGCCAUCCCGUUCAAUCCUGUCCAGUCCUGGCUCAAACAUGAGAGCAGCCAAGCAUCCCAGAGCCCUUUCUCCCCGGAUGCCUCCAGUCCUCUCCUGCAGAUGCCUGCAGAGUUCUUCCAUCCCGCUGUGUCUGCCAGCCAGAAGGGACAGGAACCCGGCAUGAGUGCAGGGAACCUGCCCAAGAUCGCUCUUCAGGGCUCCUGGGCAUCCCUGAGGUCACCAAGUGUCAACUGCACCCUCUUGCGUCAGGCUACUGUGAGUGACACAUCACUGGAUGCCAGCCCUAGCAGCUCAGCUGGCAGCCUGCAGACCACAUUGGAGGACAGUCUGACACUGAGCGACAGUCCCCGCCGUGCCCUGGGACCACCUGUCCAGGUGUCAGGGCCACGAGCUGGCUUGUCACCAACCACCCGACGUCGCCUCAGUCUGCGGGGCCGUGGUCUGUUUAGUCUGCGUGGCCUACGGGCCCAUCAGCGCAGCCACAGCAGCGGCGGCUCUACCAGCCCCGGCUGCACCCACCACGACUCCAUGGACCCCUCUGAUGAGGAGGGCCGCGGGGGCACGGGUGGCGGGGGUGCAGGCAGUGAGCACUCUGAGACCCUCAGCAGCCUGUCACUCACGUCUCUCUUCUGCCCACCGCCCAUGCUGCCACCCCCGGGCCUCACCCCUGCCAGGAAGUUCAGCAGUACCAGCAGCCUGGCGGCUGGACCUGGCCGUCCUGGCGCCACUGUCUCAGUCCGAGGCUUGGCCAGGAGCCCCUCAUGGGCUGCAGACCGCAGCAAGGACCCACCAGGCCAGGCCCAGCUGGCUUCAGGCUUGGGCUCCUCAGCCCCUGAGCCACAACCACCUCCUGGAGAGCUGGAGUCAACUGAUGCUGCAAGCAAGAGGAAGAGAUGAGGGGCUGCAGGGGCCGCCGGGGGGAGCUGCCACCUGCUGUCCGCCCGCCUGCCCCAUCUUGCCUUCUUUUACCUCAGGAGCCAGGGAGCAGACAGCAAUACUUUGCCCACACCUGGGAGUGGCAUAGGGGCCAGCCAGCGCCAGGCCACUGGGCAGGCGACUGAGGAGGGUCUGGGUUAGCUGAGGCUCAGGUGUGGCCCUACCCGUGGCCCUUCCAGCGCAUAUGCAGAUAUAUACAUAUAUACAUAUAUAUAGACAGACAUAUAUUUAUUUAUUUUUUUUACUGAGAGCUUAUGAAUCCCAGAAAGUGCUAAAGUUGAGGGUGCAGGCCAGGGCCCAGGCAGGGGUCUCGGCUGUUGGUUAGAACACAGGCCCUCACAGCACAGAUGCUCCUAUUGGGGCAUCAGUGGCUGUUAUUUCGGGUAUCUCCCUGAGUUGAGAGCAGCUUGGGAGGAUGUUCAGGGCCCAGGAGACAGAAGAGAAGCAAUUCAGGGUGCACUUUUUCCUGUUUAAAGAAGAGACGCUGCUAAGGACCCCAACCUCUCCCCACAUGUCGGGUGUCAGUCUUGUCCCUCUGACUAUCGUGUUGUUGUGAAGUCUUUUGUAGACACUCUUGACACACUUUCUUAGUUAGCCAGCUAGACACUCUCUUUAGAAAAACCAGGGGGGUCUUUUAGUCUUAUUCCUUAGAGCAGGGUUGGGGGACAGGGUGGUUCCGAGACUGGGCAAGGGGCUUAGGAUACAGGUUAAGUUUUGAUUUCUGUGAGCAUUUUGGGGAACAAUUCACCACCCCCAGGAAGGCAGCAAAUAGGAAUAAUUCCUGCAAGACAGGGUAUGGGUGAAGGGGUCCAUGGUACCUGCUUGGCUCACCCAGAUUCCCCAUGCUCCGGCUGUCAGUCAGUCGCACGAGAACUUUCUACCUUUUGUCCUCUGUGAAGUCCUCAAAUUGCAGCAGUUUCUGGGGAUUAUGGUCAUCCACCCUGAGAAAUCUUGCCCCUGCCCCAGGGGUGUUUGGGGUAAGAGCAAAUCUAAAAGGACCUCUGAGCAGCCCUAAACCCUGGCUGCAGCCUUUCCCCCACCUCAGCACCCUUAGCAUCCAGCCAAUUACCCAGACAUUCAUGUCCUCUGCCUCCCGCUUACCCCUCAGUAUGUCUUGCCGUUAAAAGCUGCAGGUAGGGUCUCAUUAUGGUAGUGCUUCCUGGAUGAGUUCAGGACAGGUGUUCUUUUUUAUUGGAAUGGUUACCCAUUUAUUUAAAAACAAAACAAAACAGACUGUAUCGAGCCUGUGCCUUUCACAAGCUCAGCUCUAAAGAGGGUGGGUUUAAAAUCAGCUUGAAGAAGGGGUGGUGGCCUACUGAUAAGGGCAGUUAUGUGGGAUGCUCACCCAGAUUGCCAAGGGUUGCUCUAGGUCCUGCUAAGAACAUGUGUGUAUCUUGUCCCUGUUCUCAAACCCUGAUUUCACAGAAGUGGGCCUCUAGCCAGGCUAGUGAGCAGCGAGUGUGUUGGUAGGCUCUGGGGUGUUCCUGUCUGGCACAGGGACCCCCCCCCAGGUCAGAGCACAGUGGGAGGUGAGGAGGAAAGAGAUGUUGAGGGGUGUUGUCUGCAAAACCCUUCUUAGAGGUGAGGAGCGGGAAAGUGGUUGUUAAACUCACUUUAUACCUGGGUAAACUGAGGCUCUGGGCAAGUGAAGCAGCGAUUCUGCCCCGGCAGCAAACAGCUUGGGUCACCCGUGAAGGGCACUAGCCUGAACACCUGGACUGUGCACACACAGCCAUCGUUGAAGGGAGGGUGGCUCCAAGGGCCCGGUGUCGAGCUCGCUGUGGUGUAGAGAGGGCAGGGCAGGGCCCAUAGUCUUCGGGCUUUACAGUGGUGGUAUUUGAUAGCACCUAGCACCCUCUGCUUUCUGGGUUCAGCGUGAGUCAUCCAGCUCAAUCUUCAGGGUGCCCCUGUGUGUGUGUUUAUGCUGCUCUUCCACAGCCAGCUUUGAAUCCCUGUCAUAGCUCUGAGGCUGAGCAGAGAUGUUCAGGCAUCUACACCUUUACACUGGACUGUGUGACCCCAGAGCAAGCAGACACACUGAAGGGUGUUUUAGGGAAAUGGGCAAGGUUUAAGCAAGGGAUGUAGCUGGGUACGUCUAUAGAGAAGGAUUAGCUGAGCCCAGAAACACAGAAACUACCUGGGGUAGGUUCUCUGGGACCAAUCCUAGGCAUUCAGCCUUGUGUCUGUGAGUGGGGAGUCAGGGACCAACAAAGCUGUGAGCUUCUGGCAAGAUGAGUUCUAUUGGGCAGGGAUUGGGCGGGUGACCCUUCAACACUGUGGCUUGGGGCUGUGGCCUCAGGCCAAGCCUGUCCAUCACCAAAGCACAAACUCCCCCAAUCCACAUGGGCCUGGAUGUGAGGAGAACGGGGACACAGGUACCAAUGCCCUAAAGUUGUUAAUUUGCUAGGCUCUGUAGCGUUUGUAGAGAAGGGUCUGGAGCCAGACAGAGCCUGCCCUGCCUUCUUGCUAUCUCCUGCUCUGGUCCAGGUAGUCCCUCUGAGGAGGAUGAACCGAGAGCAGUACUCGCCCAUCUGCUUGUCCCCAAUAUUUCUCUUAGAGCUCCCAGCUCCCAGGGUCACCUCCAGCCCCUUUUGCUACUCUGUGUAAGGGCUUGGGGUCUUAGAAGCUGCUGUUUAACCUAGAUACACAUACUCUUUUCUUUUCGUUUUCUUUUCGUCAUUGUGCAAUAAUCAGUGUCCCUGGCAGAGCUGGGGCCUGGGAGGAGGCAGAGGCUACCUUGUCCUGCAAGCCCCCAGCCCAGUUCUGCUCUGUGACUCUAACUUCUGGUCACUGUACAGUUUCUACAGUGUGAAUGAACUUCCCUCUUAGUUGCUGAAGGCGCUGGUCCCUGCUGGCCCAGAAGGCCCGGGCGUAGAGAAACCAAGCCGAACCGCCAGCCAGCGUUGUUUUGAAUAAAACCCCAGAAACUAUUGAA